AAAAAGAAGACAAAGUAAAACGCAGACGAUGAAUGCACGGAUUUCCAUAUCAUUUUGGAUAUCACAUUGAUUUUCUAGAGAGAAGAAAAAAAUGAGAACAAGGAGAGGGUUCUGUUACCCCAGAGCCGAUGUUUGUUUAGAGAAGACAGUCGUUAAAAUUACGGGUUUCGCCGGGGAUAAUAUGGGUUGCCGGAAACGAAGAAGACUCUCGCCGGAGAUUUCCCGAAAGAGAGAUUAUUUUGAUGCUUUGCCCGAUGAUCUUGUCAUUUCUGUUCUCUCUAAACUAAGCUCAACUGCCCGUUGCCCAUCCGAUUUCGCCAACGCUUUAGUUGUAUGCAAGAGAUUAAAUAGUUUAGCACUUUAUCCCCUUGUAUUAUCCAAAGCCUCUCCGAAAAUGUUUGCAAUUAAAGCUAGAAACUGGUCGGAAUCGAUUCGGAGAUUCUUGAAGAACUGUGCCGAUGCCGGAAAUGUUGAAGCUUGUUAUACACUCGGCAUGAUUCUUUUCUACUGUUUAGAGAAUCGAGAGAGUGGAGCCUCUCUUAUCGCUAAGGCGGCGAUUAAUUCACACGCGCCGGCGCUUUACUCCUUAGCUGUGAUUCAGUUCAAUGGAAGCGGCGGCUCCAAGAACGACAAAGAUCUUAGAGCCGGCGUGGUUUUGUGUGCUCGUGCUGCUUUUCUUGGCCACAUCGACGCCCUCCGUGAGCUCGGUCACUGUCUGCGGGACGGUUACGGCGUCCGGCAAAAUGUCAUCGAAGGCCGUCGGUUUCUCGUACAAGCCAACGCCCGAGAGUUAGCGGCUGUUUUAUCAUCAGUGGGGACUUCUAAAAAAAUUAUGCGCUCUUGGCUCACGUGGAGCCUACACCCUGACCUUAACCUUAGCCAGCGCCAUCCGGCGGUCCCAGGUUGCCCGUUGCUGAGCGAUUUCGGAUGCAAUGUGCUGGCUCCGGAGGCGCAUCCGGCUAGCAAGUUCUUGGUCGAGUGGUUCAGCGCUCGGGGCUGUGUGCCUGGCCCGGGCUUGAGACUAUGCUCCCAUAUAGGUUGUGGGAGACCGGAAACGACAAAGCACGAGUUCCGGAGGUGUUCCGUUUGCGGGGCUGUAUAUUACUGUUCACGCGCUUGCCAAACUCUUGACUGGAAGCUGCGCCACAAAGCUGAGUGCGCACCGGUAGAGAGAUGGCUCGAUGAAGAAGGCGAUGGCUUCGAGGGAAACGAAGCGGUAAAUGAGAACGACGACGUUAUCGCCGAAAGUUAAAAUAAUAACGGCUCAUGGUAAUUUAUUUAUUUUUAAGGCAACGAGAAAAUGAAAAACCGAGGGCAGUUUUGGUGGAAUAUUCGAGGUUAAAAAUCAACGUUUGCGAUGACGAUAGUUGCUGAAACGGCACGGUUUUAUUUCUAUAUGUAAUUUAUAGAUGGGGCUUUGUUUAUCCCUUCUUCUUCUUCUUUUUUUUUUUUUGGUUAAAUCCCUCUUGUACUAUAUAGAUCAACGUUCACCUUGGGUAAAUUAAAAUUCAAUAUCUGCUAAUUUU